UAUGGAAAACUAAUAGCCCCAAGUUUAAUAAUAUUUAUUAAAUGUAAUGUAAUAAUAGUAAUAAUAACAACAUUAGGACUCAAGCUAAUUAAAUCAGUAUUUUAAAUUAGAUAAUGAAUUAAGCAAUAAUUAAAAUGGAGAAAAAAAAACACGAAGAACAAAGAAAGAUUAAAAUGAUAGAAAAUAUAUAUGUGGAUGUGGCAAAUCAUAUUUAUCUUAUCCUGCAUUAUAUACACAUUUAAAAUAGUUAGAAAUCAAAAUAAAUUAAAUAUUAAAUUAUUUUUAAAAAUAUAGAAAACACAAUGGAUAACCUCCCGAAAGUACAAUUUUACCAAGCAUUACUGGUAAAUAAAACAAUAGAGGAAGACCUCCAAAAAAAGAAGAAAUAAGUGACUUACAAAAAGAAGAAGAAGAAAAAAGUUUAGAAUAAAGUGAACAAGCAGAUAUCCUUGAAGAUUUAUUGAAUUUUUUAGAUACAAUAGAUAAGAAUUAUCACUAAAAACUAAGUGAUAUAUUUCCAACAAUUUUUUUCGAUUGUAAAAGCGAAAAUGAAUAUAAAGUACUUUUAGAUGGAAUUAAAAAUUUAGAGGACGAUUCAUUAAAUUAUCUUGUAGAAUAACUAGAUUCAAAAGGAGAUUUGAAAAAAACUCCAAUGAAUAAAAUAUUUGUCCUUUUUAUAAAUUACAUAGCCAAAGGAAUUUCUAAUUUGGCAUUAAAAGAAAUAAUUAUAUUCUUAUGUUUUUAUAGAAAAGCCUUAAAUUAAUAUGGAUGGAAUGCUUUAGAGUAAAAAUUAAAUAGUAAUUUAAAUGAAGAAUUUGGCGAAUAAUAAUAAUAAAACACAAAUAAUUAAAAUUUAAUCACGAUUGAUCCUUAACUUAGAGAACAGGAGUUUUGUUAAGUCAAUAAUGGAGAUGAUUGUUUUCUUAUAUGUAACGAUUUUAUUAUUGAAAUUUUGCCUUCAUAUUUAUAAGAAUAUUCUACAGAAUCUUUAAACAUUAUUGGACCAUCGGAUGAAUAACUUAAAAAUGCGGUUUAUAUAAUCUAACAUUUUGCUAAUUGGCUUUUCAAUAAUAGAUAUACUAAUACAAAAUUAAGUAUUUUUCCUGAUAAACCAGAAGAUGAAUGA